AUGCAGACAAUUAGAGCUUUUGGAGGCAUCCCCAUUUCAGGCGGUUUUAGCCUCCACAUGCAGGAGGAGACAGUGUGGGCUAACGACUGCCUCCGUCCUGACGAAAGGAAAACGAAAGCAGAUGAAAAGUGUUCACUUCUGAUGGCCGAUCGGUCCAUGUCUGCCCGAUUUAGCGAAUGUAUUAAGGGAGAGUAUGAAUGUACUGAGGGAGACAGGAAUACCGAGAGGAACGCGCCUUGUCCGAAGUCCAUUGCAUGCAUCAUCAUCUCGAGAGUAGGACCGGGAACUUGGUACAUUCGCAGACGUUGCGCCGGCGUCGUAGUCGGCAUCAUCAGUCAGUUUUGCCAGUCCCCGCGGCGAGCUACGAACUCGUCAAUCUGCCGAAAACGCUUACACCAUCACACCUCUUUCUGUCCUGGUCUAUCUAUACAUUCUUUACCCUCUUGUCCAACUCGCGCCCUAUCACAAUUUCUCGCAUGUUUACAUUCCAAUCGUUGGGCUUACUUCCAUUUCGAGUGA